AUGAUUCAUACCUUUCACAAGGAUAUUAGCACACCAACCACUUCACAAUCUUCCCCCACCCCCGCAACUCCCCUUCCUCCUUCUCUCUGCUACAUCGACUUGUUCGACUCAUCCUGUUACAUCUCUUCUUCUUCCCUCUCUCAGUGUCCGCCAUUUUCUUUUCAUCUUUCUGGUUUUAUUUCUUCUUCUUUUAACGUUAUUUCUUUCUUUUUUUCUUCUGAUUUUUUUUUUUCGUGGAUGAGGCAGUGGAAUAAUCCGAACAUCUAUCUAUCUAUCUAUCUAUCUAUCUAUCUAUCUAUCUAUCUAUCUAUCUAUCUAUCUAUCUCUCUCUCUCUCUCUAUAUAUAUAUAUAUAUAUAUAUAUAUAAGCAAAACACGUCUGUCUAAAUCUUUCUCUCUCUCUAUCUCUCGCUCUCUCUCUCUAUCUCUCGCUCUCUCUCUCUAUCUCUCACUCUCUCUCUCUAUCUCUCUCUCUCUAUCUCUAUCUUUCUCUUACCCAAACCAAUUUCCUCCAUUGUUAUGCAUAGCAGUGGCCUUAUUAUGGCGUUGGGCUAACUGCCUACUCCAUGAAGGCUAA